AUGAGACCGGCCAUGCUUUCUCUGCCGACGAACUUUAUCACUGAAGCUUCAAAAGUUGCAUCGAUCAACACUCGUGAAAAGAGAAAAACAACAAGUACUCAAGAAUAUGAAACAGACUCGCACACAGGUUCAAUAAACAAAAGCAGCAGCAGAGAAAGCUCAACAAUUGUUAGGCAAAUUGUGGAUGUCACUUUACCUUUAAAUUUUCUGGUCAAUGAUUCCGGUCAACUUAAGUUUGUUCUUGAUCUAGGGUUUCUCCCAGCAGACCCCAAGAAGAACUGCUAAAACAAUCACUGAUCCUACCUGAACUGCCAAAGAAGAAGAAUCCAUAAAAAAACGAUUAGUGCCAUAUGGAUAAAUUAGUUUUCCUGGUAGAGGUUGAGAGGUUGAGCAGAUGAAAUAAUGGGGUUGAGAGGUUAAGAAGAUAUACUAAACCAAAAUUGAAUGAGUCGUGAUAUACUCUUGAAGUCAUUGGAGAUCAGCUUCCUUGAAGAUGUAUUUGUAAUCCAAGCUGCGAUUGAGGUUAAUAUGGAAUCGAUUGAAGCCCUUGUCAAAUUUAAUUUUGGAUUAGGAUUAAGAGUAGGAAAGGUUUGUGCUGAAUUUGAGGGAUUCAAAUUCAAAAGAAAUAAAUUUCAAUUUCAAAAUAAAGAAUGUUUACGUAGAUUAUAAAGGCUGAAGGGUAUAUUGGCUAAUCCAUAUUGAAAUUUUAUGUAAGGAGGACAUGCC